UCAAGUACCUGGGCGUUACCCUGGAUGCAUCGAUGACAUUCCGCCCGCAUAUAAAAUCAGUCCGUGACCGUGCCGCGUUUAUUCUCGGUAGACUCUACCCCAUGAUUUGUAAGCGGAGUAAAAUGUCCCUUCGGAACAAGGUGACACUUUACAAAACUUGCAUAAGGCCCGUCAUGACUUACGCGAGUGUGGUGUUCGCUCACGCAGCCCGCACACACAUAGACACCCUUCAAUCUCUACAAUCCCGCUUUUGCAGGUUAGCCGUCGGAGCUCCGUGGUUCGUGAGGAACGUUGACCUACACGACGACCUGGGCCUCGAAUCUAUACAGAAAUACAUGAAGUCAGCGUCGGAACGGUACUUCGAUAAGGCUAUGCGUCAUGAUAAUCGCCUUAUCGUAGCCGCCGCUGACUACUCCCCGAAUCCUGAUCAUGCAGGAGCCAGUCACCGUCGACGCCCUAGACACGUUCUUACGGAUCCAUCAGAUCCAAUAACCUUCGCACUAGACGCCUUCAGCUCUAGGAGCAGGCUUAGGGACCUCGGUAACCGUACUCGUCGAACUCGACAAAGAGUUCGCCGUGCAACCUAACACAUGAAUCAGCUCGCUGAGUUUCUCGCCGGAUCUUCUCAGCGGGUCGCGAUUCCGAUCCGGUAGUAGAUUCAUUCGCGAAGCAGCUAGUCUUGAGUUGUUAGGUCUCCUUCGGAGGCGCUCGGGUAGCUGUUAGCAAAUCCCACCCCUCCUGGCUGAGCCUUUGCUCGCCCACCUGUCCUGGUGAAACUGGAAAGGCCUCCGGGCCACCAGUAAUCAGUCAAUCAUAAAAAAAAAAAAAAAAGCCGUCGAAAGCCGUAAUUCUAAUUCUGCGCGUUUAUUUAAACAUGAAACUAGUGAAUUCUGAUCCAAGCUAUUAAUGUGUUUGUUAAUUCUUUAAUAAUUAUUAUUAAUUAUGGGCAGAUAAAGGCUGAUGAUGAUGAUGAUGAUGACGAUGUUAAAACUGUUAAUCUGUCUCUAAUGACGCCUCUUUUUUUAGCUUAUUAUACAUUUCAUAGAGGGUCAUUGCUUUUUCAUAGAGGGUCAGAAUUUGGACUUUUGGGAGAUUUUUCUGGAAUAAUAAAUUUUUCGGUACUCAUUUUGGUGGGUGAUAGAAAAACACUGGAAUUUGCAGAUAGAACGCUAUUAGGUAAGCAGGAUGGGAAGGAAACUAGUGGCCUUCUUACCGAAAUACACCGUUUGCGAUGCUGAUCACUCUGUUCUCUGGCGUUUGGAAGCUGAUCCGUCUUCGUAUAGUGGGUGAAAUUAUCCGGCUCAAUGGACCAAUGUUGGCGAGGAAGAGGAGGCAAGCAAUGGUGUACAAACGAAAUGAAUAUUUUAUUUUUCCUUCCAAGUUAUGUUUUAAAAUAACGGCCGUGACGAUAUACAGGUGUUAUGCGUAAGGUUGUUGCGAGAGAAGUGCGUGCGGUGGCAGUAGUGCUCGUUGACCGAUUUCUUUUUGUUGGUAGUAUUGGGCACACAGACAGCAUAUUUUGAUUGAUAGAAAGACAAAAGUAUUGAUGUUAAAAAAAAAAAUAUUAACUUUCUGUAAACUAAAAGGUAACUUCACAGAUAAAGACGUAAUAUUUUAGAACUAAUUCAAAAGAAUAAGAGACAAUUAGCUGGUAAAUAGUACAUAAAGGCUUAUCGGCUAGCAGUGAAACUGUUUGAAAAAUAAUCGAAGUAUUGCAUGCAACGAACGUGUUAAAUUAAACAAAUUAGGAAAUCAUAUACUUAUAAAAGACCUUGAAAAUAUUAAAAAAAAAAACAGCUCCAUAUUUUUCUCUGUAAUUAUUUUGAACUGGUUAAAAUGAAAAAUAUAUUUACGAAUUAAUAAUUGUUGUUUUUAUUAACGAUAUCGUCAUUUAAUUGCAAUUUUGAAAACAUGAUAUAAUAAGUAGUGUGACAUGAUCCUUUUGGUUAAGACCAUACCAUAUAACUAUAUGUAGGUAUAUUACUCUUUUAUUUGUAUUCCGUAUCGACCCAAUACAGACCACAUAGUAUAUUUUAUUGGGUACAAAUCACUUUUAGCUAAUUAAGUUUUUCAGGUUUUAAUUUUGUACGCGAUGUCAUUCCUUCAUUAUAGAACUCAUUCGUGAAAAUUAGUUACGUUCAUUAUUCUUUAGAAAAAAUAUAGUACCUGACUGCGGGAUUUGAACACCGACGUACAUACCUACAUAGUUGCAUCGCUAAAAGAGUACACUUGGCUUCUUAUCCUUGAGCCAAUAAUAAUUUUUAAGAUAUUGCAUUAUUUGUUCAAAUGUAAUUGAAGAUAUUUUGAAUAAAUAAACAAUGAAGUUUCUAGAUUAAAAUUUAGUAAUUUAUGUAUUAAGCAUAAAUGCAUGAAAUCCUUUGAAUUUUUUUCCAAUUUGCAUGAAAAUACUUUGGUGACGACUUAAGAUUACCAUUUUAAUUUGUAACGGAAUAGAGUAUAAUAAUGAAAAGUUUAUUUUGUAUUUAAUUUUUACAUGUACAUUACUGACAUUAUUUCUUUAAAAAGUUUUAACGAACAUGAAAUUUUGUUGAGAUUGAGCCAUAGCUAAGCGCCGGAAUGUAAUCUUAAGAGUUGUUAAUGGAUCGUUUCAAACUGAGGUGAACUUUAUUUAAAUGAUAAUUCUCGACGUUCGGUUUUAAAUUACUUAACACACAUAAUUCAGCAACUCAAGUUUUUGUCGUUGUAUUUAUUAUUCUGUUUCCAAAAAUGUUCUUCUCAGUCGGACAGUCUUGUCAGAGUGGUCGUGGUUGCGUUGACGCUGUAUGGGCAGUAGGACCUGUUAGGUCGCCCAUGCUCCCGACAACCGCCCUCCAGGCAAAGCGCUUCCAGGUCUGGCGGUUCGAAGCGUUACGAGUACAUUCGACCAUAGUGGACUCAGUCAGACCAAUAAUGUUAUUUUCAAUCUAUUAAUGUGAAUGAUGAUGAUAAGUAUGUCUACUAAAUGUCAUAUUAUAACAAACAUAUACACUUUAUUUUAUGCCAUUUAUAAUUUUUACUCUAAUUUGUUAUAUUGAAUGUAGAAAAUAAUAAAACUAUCUGGAAUUCAGGACGUACAUUUUUUUAUAAACACAUUUUUUACACAUAAACACAAUUUAAAAUGGGCUCUAUCGAUCGAUUAAAGAGUAAAUGUGGAAACGACGUAACCUUAUCAAUAAAUACCGAUAAUUUAGAUUACACCCAAUAUAAUAGUGUGUGGCAAAUAAAUUAUCACUAAGCGUGUACAGUCAGUUUUCAUUUGUGAAACUACACAGUUCGAACUCCGCGUUUUCUGAGAACACCGGGGCUAAUGGCUUAUGCUUAAUUCGUAAAUAAUUAAUUUAUAAAUUAAUAGUUAAUUUAGGUGGUGUCGUUGUUGAACUUUGAUCUAAACAUGGGUGUUGGAAGUGAAAAAGUUGAUGAGAAGAAAAAGAAAAAACAAUUGCCUACGAUGAAAGAGCCUCCCGGAGCGUUUUCUCGUUCGUUAUUCUGUUGGAUGUUUCCGUUGUUUUAUAGAGGGAACUACAGGGAUUUAGAAGAAGAAGACUUAGUUCCGCCUAAAAAUCAAUACAAUUCGAAACUAGUCGGAGAUCAGCUAGAAAGGGCAUGGUUAUUGGAGGAGCAUAAUGCACGAGCAGCCGGUAGAGACCCAUCACUUAUUAAAGUAUUGUUCAAAACAUUCGGAUGGUCUUUUUUGCCUGGCGGUAUUUUGCAAUUCGGUUUUGCGAUUUUACGUAUUAUAACACCUCUGUUAUUUGGAGAGCUGCUCACGUAUUGGACAGUGGAUCCGCCUAUUACGCAAAUGGAAGCGGUAUACUACGCACUCAGUAUGAUAAUCAUUAACUGGAUUGCAGCCUAUCUGAACCAUCACGGCAAUUUAUUUUGCUCCCAAUUCGGAAUGAAACUUAGAAUUGCUACAAGCUCUUUGAUGUUCAGGAAGGUAAUGCGCAUGAACAAUGGUGCUUUAGGAGACACGACGGCCGGGAAAGUAGUCAAUAUACUUUCAAACGACCUGCAAAGAUACGACAAUGCCUUUAUAUUCUUGCAUUUCGUUUGGAUCAUACCCAUACAGUUGGUUGCUGUCUGCUAUCUGGGCUACCUUCAAGCUGGUGUUGCAGCUCUCAUUGGCUUAGCUUCCCUUGUUGUCAUAGCACUCCCUAUUCAAGGUGUGCUCGGAAACAUUGUGGGAAAAGUUCGCGCCCGGAAUGCUGUAAAAACCGAUGAGAGGAUCAAAUUAAUGAGCGAAGUCAUUAGCGGCAUUCAGGUGAUCAAAAUGUACGCAUGGGAAGUACCGUUCCAAAAAUCGGUGGCUGAGAAACGUAGCGACGAGCUAAAAGAAGUCCGUACAGCGACUAUACUGAGAACCAUAUUCCUUGGCUUCAUGAUAUUCACAGAGAGGGCUGCACUUUUCAUAACAAUACUUACUUUUAUAUUAUUGGGUAAUGCAUUAAGUGCCACUGUGAUUUAUCCCUUACAACAAUUCAUGAACGCUGCACAACUCAAUAUCACAUUGAUUCUACCUCUCAUUCUGACUUUCACUGCCGAAUUAAUGGUGUCUCUUCGACGAGUUCAGGAGUUUCUCGUCGCAGAGGAUCGGCCAGAUUUAGUGAAGCGAGAUUCAUUGAUGCCUGCUGGUUCGAACAUAUUCCGUAAUGUAACUGGAAGUUUCCGUAAAUCUGAGCCAACUGUUAGACCGCUAUCGUACAGCCAGAAAACCGAAAUAUUACCUACCGACUUCAACUCUAGCAACAAUCUGGUAAAACGUAACAAUUCAAGACUCUUAAGACGCAUGUCUCAUCUGGACGACACGGCCGUGGUGUUACACGAUGUCUCCGCUAGCUGGACAGGCGACCCAAAUUUCUUAGCUAUCAAGAAUAUCUCAAUGAAACUCCGCAAAGGGAAACUAUGCGUUAUCAUUGGCGCCGUCGGGUCUGGGAAGUCUUCAAUUCUGCAACUGCUUCUAAAGGAAUUGCCUCCGGCCACUGGCACAGUUUCAAUCUAUGGAAAGGUUUCGUACGCCAGCCAAGAGGCGUGGCUUUUCCCUAGUACCGUCCGGGAAAACAUACUUUUCGGUUUACCGUUUGAGCCGGAAAAAUAUAAGAUGGUUUGCAAAGCAUGUGCAUUGGAAAAGGACUUUAAACAAUUCCCAUACGGAGACCAGACGUUGGUGGGAGAGAGAGGGGUGUCACUAUCGGGAGGACAGCGGGCCAGAAUCAAUUUAGCUCGUUCUGUCUACAGAGAGGCCGACAUCUACUUACUGGACGACCCGCUAUCUGCAGUUGACGCGAAUGUGGGGAGACAGCUUUUUGAAGGCUGCAUAAAUGGAUACCUUCGACAACGCACGAGGAUACUUGUCACGCAUCAGAUACACUUCCUCAAAGCUGCUGACUACAUUGUCGUCAUGAACGAGGGCCGCAUCGAGAACAUGGGAACAUUCGAUGAGCUCACCGCCGCAGGCAAGGCAUUCUCCUUGAUGUUAUCUUCGCUACAAGAAAACAAAGAAAAAGACACCGAAAGUUUGGGAUCACGGGGCAAAGAAGAAAAAGAAAAUCCGGUUUUAUUUAAAAAUCAAUUGUCUAUAAUUGAGACUGAUGAUUUAGAGCAAUUUGAAGCUCAGAAGAUGGCCGACGAAGAGCGCCAGUCCGGUAAUCUAAAGUGGUCAGUGAUCGCGGCAUACUUCCGAGCCGGAGGAAACAUCUGUUUUUUGUUGUUCACCUUUUUGCUGAUCAUCCUGACAGCGGCUUCCUCGGCUGGCGCUGACUACUGGAUCAGUUACUGGACGAAUGCAAUGGCAGCGUAUGACGAAGAGUUAGCAGGUGCUGAAGUGGAUACAGGCCUAGAUGUUCAAGUGGGACUGUUCACGACCGGCCAAUAUCUCAUGAUUCACGGAGCCAUAGUAUUAGUUACGAUUUUCAUAACCAAUAUAAGAGUUAUUCCUUUCGCGGAGUUGUGCGUCACCGCUUCGAGUAGACUCCACAACAGCAUGUUCUCCACAAUGAUCAAAGGCAUCAUGAGGUUUUUCGAUACGAGCUCUUCAGGGCGUAUUCUCAAUCGUUUCACUAAGGACAUGGGAGCUUUGGACGAGAUAUUGCCGAGGACUCUGUUGGACGUGCUUCAAAUCUACGCCACUCUUGGAGCUAUUCUCGUUUUGAACGCAAUCGCACUGUAUUGGACAUUGAUUCCUUCUGUUAUACUUCUGACUUUGUUCUACUUCUUUGUCAAAGUCUAUCUUAAAACCGCACAAAGCAUUAAAAGAUUGGAGGGAACAACAAAAAGCCCGGUGUUUGGCAUGGUGACGUCAUCGCUAAACGGUAUAGCUACAAUCAGGUCUUCGGGAGCGGAGGACCGAUUAAUCAGCAACUUCGAUGUACUUCAGGACUUACAUUCAUCCGCCUGGAACGGUUACUUGGGCGGAGGCACCACUUUUGGUUUUUAUUUGGACACGAUGUGCCUCUUAUAUCUCACUACCGUUAUUUUAGUGUUCAUCUUUAUAGACUUUGGUAACGUCAUUGCCGUGGGAAGUGUCGGUCUGGCAGUAACACAGAGUAACACGCUGACGGCCAUGUUGCAACACGGAGCUCGGAUGCUGGUAGAGUUCCUCGCCCAGCUUACCAGCGUCGAGAGAGUACUAGAGUAUACUAAAAUUGAAUCGGAGAAGAAUCUUUUUGAAGGACAAAAACCGAUGCCCCCAACUUGGCCGGCGCAUGGAAGAAUUAUUAUGGACAAUGUCAGCUUACAGUACGCUCCCGAAGAAGAAGCAGUGCUGAAAAACCUCAACAUCGUUAUUGAAAGUGGAUGGAAGGUCGGUAUAGUCGGCAGGACUGGAGCAGGAAAAUCCUCACUGAUAUCCGCCUUGUUCAGAUUCGCGUAUAUCGAUGGCUCUAUAACUAUCGACGGGCUCGACACUUCUGUUAUAUCGAAACAGGGACUCCGAUCAAAAAUCUCGAUAAUUCCGCAAGAACCGGUAUUAUUCUCUGCGACUAUCAGAUACAACUUAGAUCCGUUCAGCGUGUACAGUGACGACGAGCUUUGGAGGGCGUUAGAACAGGUGGACAUGAAAGCGGCCGUUCCUUCGUUGGAUUUCAAAGUGACAGAAGGUGGAUCUAACUUCUCCGUGGGCCAAAGACAGCUGAUGUGCUUGGCACGAGCCAUACUCAGAUCCAAUAAAAUUUUAAUUAUGGACGAGGCCACAGCCAACGUUGAUCCUCAAACGGAUAAUUUCAUUCAGCAGACUAUACGGCGUGCUUUUGCUUCAUGUACCGUAUUGACUAUUGCACAUCGCUUGAACACGAUCAUGGAUUCGGACCGAGUUCUGGUAAUGAGUACCGGAGAGGUGGCAGAAUUCGAUCAUCCAUACAUUCUUAUGUCCGAUCCCAAUAGUCACCUUUCUAGUAUGGUACGAGAAACGGGCGAGAAGAAUAGCUUAAAGUUAUUUGAAGUUGCCAAAGAUGCGUAUUUCCAAAGUAAUCUGAAAGAAAACAUGAGAUGAUGCUUUUAUAUAGAAGAUCGUUAGUUUUAAUUAAAUAGCACUUUUAAUAACCUACCGUUAUGUCUAUAAUAGUCGAAUCACAACACAAUGGGUAUCUUAAGUUUAGUUUAGAUAGCCUAAUUUAUUAAGGGCGUUCAGCCUAAUAUUGAGUUGUAAUAAAAUAAAUGUUUACCAA